AAGCACUGCUCCUCAGUUCUGUUGCUCUCGAGGUUUAGUAAUCCAUCAAUUUGCAUUUUGUCUCUUGAUCCUCAGAACGACAUUACAUCGAAUGGCGUGGUUUUUGUGCGCGUGCAUAUUCCCUGUAAUCGCACUAACUCUGCUUCUCUUGCAGGCUACAUUUCGGAACUGUCUUGCAACCAGGGGAGGACCUCCGUGCUUGCCUGCGCUUCCAAUUAUAGGCAGCCUGUUGAGCCUGCGAAGCGACCAGCCGCAUAUCCUCUUUCAGAAGCUGCAGCAGAAGUAUGGGCAGACCUAUUCCGUCAUGAUGGGCUCACACACAGUCAUUCUUGUCAACCACCACCAUCACGCUAAAGAGGUUCUCCUGAAAAAGGGGAAAAUAUUUGCAGGGAGACCCCGAACAGUAACUACCGACCUGUUGACAAGGGAUGGUAAAGAUAUUGCCUUUGCUGACUACAGUGCUACUUGGCGAUUUCACCGCAAAAUAGUGCAUGGAGCCUUGUGCAUGUUUGGUGAGGGCUCUGCCUCUAUUGAGAAAAUUAUCUGUAGGGAGGCCCUCUCUCUGUCUGAGACUCUGGGAGAGUCAGGGAGUGUGCCUUUGGACUUGUCCCCAGAGCUGACAAGAGCUGUUACAAACGUGGUUUGCUCGCUCUGCUUCAACUCCUCCUAUCGCCGCGGCGACCCAGAGUUUGAAGCCAUGCUGCAGUACAGCCAGGGCAUCGUGGAUACAGUUGCUAAGGACAGCCUGGUGGACAUCUUCCCCUGGCUACAGAUCUUCCCCAACGCAGACCUGUCCCUCCUAAAGCAGUGUGUGGCUAUCAGAGACAAACUACUUCAGAAGAAAUAUGAAGAACACAAGGCAGACUACAGUGAUCAUGUACAAAGAGACCUGCUGGACGCACUGCUGAGGGCCAAACGCAGCACAGAGAACAACAACACUACCGAGAUCACCACGGAGACUGUGGGCCUUACUGAAGACCAUUUGCUCAUGACCGUGGGCGACAUCUUCGGAGCUGGUGUAGAAACCACAACUACCGUCCUCAAAUGGGCCGUAGCCUACCUCAUCCAUCAUCCGCAGGUUCAGAAGCGCAUUCAGGAGGAGCUGGACCGCGUGGUGGGAGGAGACAGAUCCCCCCAGCUCAGUGACAGGGGGAGCCUGCCUUACCUGGAGGCCACCAUUAGAGAAGUGUUAAGGAUUCGACCGGUUGCCCCUCUACUCAUCCCCCAUGUAGCCCAAACAGACACUAGUAUUGGGGAGUUCACUGUGAGGAAAGGCGCUCGUGUCAUCAUCAACCUUUGGUCCCUGCAUCAUGAUCAGAAAGAGUGGAAGAACCCAGAGAUUUUUGACCCUGGUCGCUUCCUGGACGAGGAGGGGACAGGCCUGUGCAUUCCCUCACCCAGCUACUUGCCAUUUGGGACAGGGGUGAGAGUGUGUCUGGGGGAGUCGCUGGCUAAGAUGGAAAUCUUCCUCUUUCUCUCCUGGAUUCUGCAGCGCUUCACACUGUCUGUGCCCACUGGUCAACCACUGCCCAGCCUUGAGGGGAAGUUUGGGGUGGUACUCCAGCCAGUCAAAUACAAGGUCAAUGCCACACCAAGGGCAAGAUAGGAGAGGAGCCAGCUCCCAUCUUGUUAGACACACCCCUAACCUUGCCUACCUUUAAAGAAGGACAUCAGGGUUAAUGGUUUAACACUAACAUCAGUUCAUUUGAACUAACCUUGGAAUGUCAUAUCUCCCAGUUGGUCAAGUUGUGAAGACAAUACAAAUGUGUUCUAGUGGAACAACAACCAAUGAGAUUUCACCUAGAUGGCGAAGCUGGAUUAAGUUGCUAAUAAUGUUACUUAGCGGAUGUUGGCAAUGUGUCAAACCCUAUUCUAAGGGUCUAAGAAGCUAUUUCACCAUAUUUUGGGUACGAAAGUCAGUGAUGAAAUAUCACAACUUGAUAACUUGUGUAUUAUCAUUUUGGCACUUGUUUCAAGACUUGGUGGGUGGUGUAGUGGUUAUUUCAGAGUCAGGAACUAAUAUUUACAAAUUUCAAGCAGAACUGAAUGCCCCAUAGAACAUGGAAACAAGCAUAAACCAAGGUUGUACAUGAGAGACAGUGCUUGAAAUGACUGCCGAGUCCUUUGAUUUUAUAUUUUUCACCUCUACAUGUGUAUCAAUAUGGAAUAGUGCUUUAUAUUAUGUUUGCCUCUUUGAGCUGUAUUAUUGUAUUCGCUGUUUUAGAUUAUAUUGUCUUUUAGUGAUGAAUACAACAUAAUUUUUUAUUCUUAUGUGAAUUUCCACAACAGUAUGAAAAUUCACUACACAUUUUCCGACACAUUUUAAACAUUUGAUGGGUGUUUUCGAAAAACUUCUGUUUUUAGAUUUCACCAUAGGUUUUUGAUAGGAUUAAAUGUUUACUUAUUGCUAGCCACUCCAA